AUGAUGAAGUUCGCAGCACUCGCGUUGGUCGCUCUGAUGACUUCGCCCAUGUUGGCGGACGCUCAGCUUGGCAUGCAUUUGGCGAACAGAGCGGCCUUGGCGCCCGGUGCACUCUACGCCGCAAGACAGUUGGGAGUUCAAGGUAUGUGAGGCGCUGUUGGCCAUAAUCUCUUUGUUUCUUAUAUAUCAGUCAUUUUGCAUCCGGGAAGCAUCAAAAAAUGCAGCAAAACACCUCCCUCUCCAAGUAAAAAAACUGAUUGCAAAAGCGCGCCCGCUCUUUUUGUGAGGGAGCCUUCAAGACGGAGUCUUUUUUCAGUUGGAGAGGGAAGCAUUUUGCUACAUUUUUAUGCUUCCCGGAUGUAAUUGCACGUUUUUUGCCACUGGAUCAGCUCCGUCACUGUAGAAUAAUUUUUUCUAUGAGACACCGAGCUCCAGCUAUACAAAAACAACCAAGAUUUUUAUAUCGAAAGUUGAUGAAAAUGCGACACUUUUUGGCAAAUUUUGACACAAAAAGUUUCUUACAUACUUCCACCAUAGAGAGGAAUGUUUUCGCAAAACAAGUCGUGAAGCUCUCACGUCCAUUUUUUAGGACCGAUCAGUGGUAACUACCAGUCCAGCGUGAGCGCAAGCGGUCCCAGUGGAGGCUACGGUGGUCAGUACGGCUCCUCCUACAGCGGACAGGCCAGUGGUGGCGCGUACGGCGGACAAUACGGCGGACAGUACGGCGGCGGACCAUACGGCGGUGGCUCGUACAGUGGAAGCGCCUAUGGCGGACAAGGCGGAUACGGAGGACAGGGCGGAUACAGCGGACAGGGCGGAUUCAACGGACAGUAUGGAGGCGCAUUCGGUGGUCCACGCCUCAUCCCAGCCAACGGCGGCAGCAGCAUGAGUGUGCAGACGCCGCUGGGCACGGUGAACAGACAAGUCAGUUUCGGAGUGGGACGCUAA